ACCUAUUCCUCUAGCGACACAAGACAUGGCUCAGCAGUAUCUUCCAUACAUAACGCUGCAACCAGACUAUCCCCUUGUCUUUGCGGACGUCUCGCAGUCGCUUGUCGAGCUCGAUAAAGUCUGGAUCUCGGCGUACUGCAGCAAUGUCCCGGCUGGAUCCAGGCACGGCAAGCUGCUCCUCUCUGCUUCGAAGGACGCCCGAGGUGGGGUGAGCGUCGAACUAGACGACGAGAACAAUGCUGGCUUGAACGUUGAGAGGGCCGAUGAGAGCCUAAUGGACCUCGUUGUUAGUACGCCAGGAGGCUCGCGCACGUCGUAUGAAGCGAGCGAGACGCUUCCGAACUUUGAGCUCGCGCCAACUCGGUUGAGAGUAGCCCGACGCACGCUUGGACCAGAUCUGGUCAAGGGUGCUCUGGGCGUGACAGCGCUGGACGUGCACGAAGGCCGCUACGUCGUAGGGGGGUCCGACGGUCAGGCCUUCACGUCUUCCCUGGUCGAGGGGGAGGAGUCAGAGCCCAUGGAGCUGGACGGAUCUUCAAAUAUCGAGGAGGUGGCGGCACAGCGGAUGAGACUGCGCCAGAGGAGUGCGAAAGUGGCGCUGAAGGGCCAUGUGGGCGAUGUCAGAAGCGCAAAGUUCCUUGCGGGCGGCCAGGUGGUAUUGACGACGUCAUCUGAUAUGACGGCGAGGCUGUACGAUGCCUCCUCGGGCGCUUGCCCGCGCGUCUUCAAGGGCCACCGACGCGCAGUUGUGUGUUCCUCUAUCAUUGACCGAGGGCACAACGUCUUGACGGGCUCGUUGGACGGCACUGUGCGACUCUGGGACGUCUCCAGCGAAGGUGCGGCAAUCCAGACGAUAACGGCCGAAAAGUUCGCAGGAGUCAACGCAAUGGCGAGGGAUGAGGGUGGGAGCAUAUACAUGGGCUUGACAAGCGGAACGAUGCAGGUCGUGCGGGACGGUCAGACGGCGGAGGUGAUCCCAGGCCAGGCUGGAGGUAUCACUGCACUCGAUAUGAACGGCGUCAACAUAAUCACGGGCACUUCCGACGGCGACAUGAGGCUGUACGAUGCGCGAAACCUUCCUACGCCAGUCAAGUCCUGGAAACGCAACGGGGCGAGCGUGACAGAUAUCAAGCUGGCGCACGAUGCUGCCAUCGUAUCCACAGACGACGGCAUGCCCUACCGUGUACGCCUCAACGGCGACUUGGCCGUGACGGACGAAUACGUGGGCUGGGAAGUGGACCACGUCGACAAGGUUAGUCUCGAUCAGAAAGGAAGAGUCUGGAUCGCGGGCGCACAAGGUGCCAUCAGAUUGUAUCAUUAAGAUGAUGUCGUCGUUGAUAGUAGUAAUACAUAAUGAGUAGAGCUGUUCUGUACGUGCUCGCAGUUUCACUUCCACCUA